UUGCCAACACAAGGCAAGAUGCGUUCCGUUACUCUGAAGGAUGUUGAACAAGAUAAGGUCGUGAAGACCGUAGCUGCUCAUUUAAAAAAGACCGGUAAAGUUAAGGUGCCAGAACACAUGGACCUGGUGAAGACUGGUCGGUUUAAGGAAUUGGCACCCUAUGAUCCAGAUUGGUUCUAUGUCCGUUGUGCUGCUGUUCUACGUCAUAUUUAUAUCCGCUCGCCUGUUGGAGUAAAGACUGUCACCAAAAUUUUUGGAGGCCGUAAACGCAAUGGGGUCACACCAUCUCAUUUCUGCAGAUCAUCAGGAAGCAUUGCACGAAAGGCAUUGCAAGCACUUGAAGCUCUUAAAUUGGUAGAGAAAGUCCCUGAUGGUGGCCGCAUUCUCACAUUUCAAGGCAGACGGGAUUUAGACAGAAUCGCCGCACAAGUCCGCCAAAAAGCGAAACAGCAAGCUAAGCAGAGUGUGAUUGUACUGUAA